AGCCUGAAACCUCGAACACGAAACUCGAUUCCCAACCCCUCCGCACUUCUCCCGACCCCCUAGUGUAGGAUAAGAAAUUAUGACGAUGAUGAUGCUUUGCCAAAAAUACUGAUAAAAUUGUACAUCACAGCUUCUAGGGACGAGCAUAGUUGGCUCUACUAAAGUCAAAGAAUACAUCUAGAUCUACAGUCACUUGUUCGUCUUGUACCCCUAUCUGUGCAGGCCCUAAUGAUUUUUUGAAAUAAAUACAGUUUACUUUUGAAACAAAAUUGAGAUUAUGUCCUUUUUGUGGAACUGGUGGCAAACGUGCAACUGCGUCAAAGACGCACGCCGGGUAAAGGACGAAGAAAAGGCGAACGAGGUCGCGAUUCCUCCUCCGACGGUCGCGAUUCCUCCUCCGACGGUCGCGAUUCCUCCUCCGACGACCCCUGCUUUAACCCCGACCACUGCUGCUGUCGGUCUCGGCAUGAUCCUCGCGCUGCUGCAGGCAUCAAAAGGAAAAAUCCCCCCUCCCCAUAUCGAAAACGAAAUUUGUGAUGCUGUAUUUGAGUACACAGAUCGACCUGUAAUGCUAGAAGGCCAAGAGACGCAGCUGUGGCCUCGUCUGCAAGGAAUUUUUCAUGCUGUUUUCCACUUCCAGCUGCCCCCUGUCAUGCUGAAGAUGCAAGGCUUUCCUACGCCAGCCAGCACUCCAGUCCGCAUCUUGUCCCUUCUAGCAUGACAGCGCUGAUUUGUGACCACAAAUCUGCAUUGCAAAUUCCUAGCCUGAGUAUGGGCCGGGGGAAUUUUUCCUUUUGAUAACCGGCCCUGGACGACCUUUUUCGCGCGGACGAACGUAACAUCUACGUCUUGCAGCCGACUCGGGUCGAGUACUGGUAUGACCGCAACACCGCCACAAUCAAGGCGACCCUCCACCACACUCGCAUCGCGCCGGAGUGUGAGGCGGAGAUGCGGGGAACUGCACAGGCGACGUCCAAGUGGCACGUAUCCACUGCAACAGUGUUUGGGUCUGGCUUUGUCAUGCGAGAUCUGCUGUGUGCAGUAAUGCGACGGGACAGAUUUUCGUGCUGGAAGCUAGUUUGUCAUGCAAAACGCGGUAGAAGUCGCGCUAUCAAUCGAAAAUAAACUUGUGAUGCGCUAAUGCUGUGCAGAACAUCUCUGCCUUGCAACACUCAGCAACACAAAUUCGCUGCGUCUUUCCAGACAUCCAAGGGUAUUUGCAGUUGAUCGCACAAAUUCGUCCACGAAAAAAUCAGCAUCUUGGCCACCCAGCAUAUGGCUUUCUCAAACGUUACAUUCUCAACUUUUACAUGGAUUUGUGAAAAAAGAACAGUCACAGUGAAAGAGGUAUGCUUGCAUCUUUCGCAUUACAAAUUCGGCACGGAUUUUAAUACUGUUUACCCCUUCGAGGAUGUGUUAUUUACCCGAAGCAGCUUGCUCGCUGUGUGGCUGAUGGCAGCUUCUUUGUAUCACAAAUCAUGUUUAUAUUAACAGUUGAGAUUGUAUUAACGUUUGAGAACGCCAUACACCAGCCGGCAAUGGUCGACGCGGUCAGCCGAAUCCUGUCGCAGAUGAUGCAAGUGGACAAGGUGAUCCCGGCCUUAACCGGUUCGGACGGGGAAAUGCUGACGUGGGUCCACCGUGGCGGGGAACAGGUGGCGGAAGAGCUCAAGAAAAAUGGACAAGCGGUCGCGUACUAGGGUGCUUCAAGAUUCUGAAAGUCUGUAAGAUUGUGCUGCUAAGGACAAUCCCAAAAAGUUUACUGUAUCAAUUUUGCAGAAAAUUCCAUCUCUCCGCUGCUGUGAUUCUCAUUUUGGGUCUCCACUUCUACAAAAAUCCAGCAGUUACUCUUGUUUUACUAGCUAUGACAGUUGAGAUUGAAAUACAGUUUGAGAAAUUUUACGAAGAGGAAAGUGUAAGAUUAUUCGUUCUUGAAGCAGGUACAAGAACAAUAUUAUAAAAAUGUGGCUUUGCUUUUGCGCAUACACUACAUUUUGGUGAAAUGAUAACGAAUGAAUAUUUACAGAAGGCGCAACGAGAACUAUUUCUUCCUUUUAGAGCUUUCUUUGCAAAUAUCGAAGACGAGGAUUGCAGCGUUACUGAUUUUGAACAAAAGUUGCGAACUCUAUAUACAGUCGAGUUGUGCAGUGGAUCGGCGCCACUGCGCACGUGCUUCUCGGGGGCAACGAAAUGGAAUGAACCUUCAUUUACUGGAUCGAAUUCGAGUUCGCAAGAAAAAAAUAUAAGUGACAGCUCCGUCGCAGCUUCGUUUUUACGG